UAUCCAUAUAUGUAUUGAAUUUAUGUGAAUAUCUAUUUUUGUAAAUAUUUAUGCGAGUCAUGUUCCUCAAACAUGAUGAUUUACGGUUCUCCAAACAUAACACUUUUCAUGGAACGGAGGGAGUAAUUUUUUGAAAAUUGAGCUGAACAAGUUUUGUUGUUGUUUUUUUUUUUAGGGAGUAAUUUAUUGAAAAUUGAGCUGAACAAGCAAAAGACAGCAGUGAAGAAUGAUAAUCUAUGCAAAUACCUACCACUGUACAGGGCUGCAAUCAAUGACGACUGGAAGGGUGCGGAAGAGUUUCUGAGAAAUGAACCGGAUGCGGUAAGGACCGCGAUCACAGGCGCAUUGGAAACAGCACUGGUGGUAGCGAUAAAGUGUGGGAAGGGAAACCAAGUGGUGAAGAAAUUGUUGAAGGACAUGACGAAAGAUGACGUGGCACUAGUUGAUGGAAAUGGCAGCACAGCUCUUCACACUGCUGCAAUAUGUGGCAACACGGAGGCAGCCAAGUUGUUGGUGGAAAAGAACCCAGACUUGGCCAACAUGGAGGACAAUACUAAAAAUUUGCCUAUCCACUACGCUUCUAUAAUCGGCCGAAGGAGUAUGGUUCUCUACUUACUGGAUCUCACCAACAAAGAAAUACAGCCCAAACUACUCGAGGAUGAAAGUGGUGCUAUUCUUAUUAAUGGUCUAAUAGCUAGUAAUCAGUUCGAUAUUGUUAUAUUGUUGAUUAAAAGAUACCCUGCGUUGGCAUGCAUACAAAGCUCUCCAGCACUGGACAGGAUUGCUCUCAAAAGAUCUGCAUUUCCAAGUGGAGCACACUUCAACUUCUGGCAAAGUUUAAUCUACUCUUAUGUUCCCCCGAGGUUAGAAGACUCUGCAUAUCAAAGUAGUGAAGGAGACAUUGAGAAUCCAGUCAAUAGCGCGGUUUCAUUUCGGGCUUAUUUGAAGCAAAAGUUGCAUCAAAUAUUCUGGAAACUCACUCAAAUGUUAGUGCCACAGAUGAAGAAAAUUCAAGAGAAAAAACGAGAACAUCAUCAAGCUCGUCAGCUCCUGGAACUUCUUUGCAAGGAAGUAGUGAAAUUAGACUACUCUAAAGCAAAGGAAAUAUUUCAUUCAUCUGUACUGAUUGCAGCCAAAGUUGGGAUUCCUGAAGUUAUUGAAGAGACUUUUGCAGUAUUUCCUGAUGUGAUUAAUGCUACAAAUUCGAAAGGAGAUCACAUAUUCCGUAUUGCAAUUUUGAACCGGCAUGUAAAUAUUUUCAAUCUUAUUUAUCAAUUGAACAGAGAGGUGAGACACUUGAUUUUAGCAAUCCCAGACUUAUCAGAUAAGAGUUGUUUAGAUCUGGUUGCAUGUUUGAAAGAUGAGCAAAGUGUCAAUCUUAGAGCUGGUGCAGCCGGUGCAGCUUUACAAAUGCAACGCGAAUUGCAAUGGUAUAAGGAAGUAGAAAAAUUUUCAUUGGAUUACCACAAAGACAACCGAGAUCUUGAAAGAGAGGUACCCAGAAAGGAAUUUAGCAAGACACAUGAAAAGUUGGUCAAAGAAGGAGAGGAAUGGAUGAAAGACACAGCCAACUCUUGCACAAUUGUAGCAGCUCUCAUUGUCACUAUAGCGUUUGCUGCUGCCAUCACUGUACCGGGCGGAAACAAUGGCAAUAACGGUCAUCCAAUUUUCUCCAACGACAAAGUUUUUUUAAUCUUCAGUCUAUCCGAUGCACUUGCUCUUUACUCGUCCACUUCUUCUCUACUGGUUUUCUUGUCUAUCCUCACUUCGCGCUAUGGAGAAGAGGACUUUCUGGAAGUCCUACCCAACAGAUUAAUUAUUGGUUUGGUAACCCUAUUCGUAUCCAUAAUAUCUAUGAUGAUAGCUUUCGGUGCCACAGUCUACCUAGUGUUUGGGGAUAAGAAACCAUGGAUUUUUGUUCCUAUUGCUGUGCUUUCCUGUAUACCUGCGACCUUGUUUGUGUCAUCACAAUUUCCUCUUCUUUUGGACAUGAUCAAAUCUACAUAUGGCAAAGGCCUUUUCUAUCAGCAGAAUGAUCGUAUCCUCUACUAAACCAAAUAGAGAGAAGGGGAAAAAUUAAAGCUUGUAUCGUCUAUCAAUUUGACAUAUAUAUAUAUAUAUAUAUAUAUAUUUAGCAAUAGUAUUCAUAAUUUCCUGUUUGUAAGAAGGUUUGGCACAUUUCUAUUAUUGAUGCUACGAUAAAUAAUUUGAAGGUUGCAUUGUGCCUCCC